AGAUGCUGAGAUAUGUUUGUAUUAUUUCUCGCUAGAUAUGUUUACAAAAAUUAAACUACAUAAAUUUUUACGUAUUCCUUUUCGAAAUACUUUAACAAAGUUACUGGUCUAAUGAUUUAAGAAUACAUAAGUAGUUAGUCCAAAUUAUGACUUCGACAUUCGGCGGUUUUAGCGAAGAGGACUUGAAGCGAAUCAAAUCAGGGGAAAGAGAUAUAAAAAGCGAACAAAUUGAAGGAAUUGCUAGAAGAAUAGAAAAGGUUGGAUUUAAAUCAAGAAGAAUUGCAAAAAAACUGCCAACUUUGUCCAAUCAAAUAUCUGAUGAAGUUUAUAGUGACGCAUUUGAUAGGUGUAAACUUAGUUUAAAAUCACCAACAUCUCCCAAUGAUGCUCAAAAUAAUAUAACUAAAGCCGAAAUUUAUGGAAAAGAAAAUGAAGAUAGAAUUACACAUAUGAAUGAAAAUAGGGAUAGAAUUACACAUAUGAAUGAAAAUGAAAAAGUUACAGAUUGUGAAACUUUAGAAGAAGGUAGAACAAAUACCAUAGUCAUAACUCCAGAUGUUGUCAGAGGUAUUGACUACACAGAGGAUGAUUUGGCUACUCACAAAGUUAAGUUGGAAGAACUACAGCUCAGACAAAAGUUAAUGGAAGAACAGAAUAAGAAAAGAAAAGAAAUGCUGGCUAAGGCUUUAGCUGAUAGGACAAAACAAACGGAGGAGGAGGUACAAAAACUGGAAAAGAUAAAGAAAGAAUUGCAAGUUUUAGAUGGCCAGUUCUCUCAAGAUGUUGCUGUUUUAAGAAAGAAGAUAGACCAAGCUUGUAUCACCUAUUCAGAAUCAGAAAAAUAUUAUUUGAGAAUAGAAAAGGAAUUUCUGCAAGCAAAGAUAAAUUUACAAAAGGAGAAGGAGAAAAAAGAACUGCUAACGGAACAUUUAUGUGCCCUCAUAACUCAUAAUGAAACAAGAAAAGCACAAAAACUAGAAACACUAAUGUUAGAACUUGCCAAUGAUAAAAAUAAGGUAAUAAGUGAAAUGGUUGAAAAUAUCAACGAAAAUAUUGAUGUAGCAACACCAGAUGAAGAACCGGUAAUAAUAGAUGGUGUUGAUGAGAAAACAGGAAAAAUUGUAGAAAUGCAAAUUUAGUAGAGAUAUAUCAAUCAAUUAUUAAUAUACGUGCAAUAAGGUAAAUAUUUAAAGAAAUUCUUAUAUUUAAAAUGUUGGUCAUGACAACUGUAUUAUGAAAAUAAUUAU